AUGAUGACAUUGCCCAGACGGCGAGGGGCCCUGCUCCCCUCGUUGCCCAUCCCCUUCUCCUCGCUCCUCGCCCUGCUCUGCAUCGCCAGUCUCACCUCCAACUCCCUCGUCCACGCGAGCUUCUUCCCCCUUAGCUGGUCUAUGAACAGUAACUGCACGAUGCCCGGAGCUCAGACUUACACCCUGCCGGCCUUGCCGUACUCCUACGAUGCCCUGGAGCCGAGCAUCUCGGCCCAGAUCAUGGAGCUGCACCACUCCAAGCACCACCAGGCCUACGUGACCAACCUGAACAAGGCCCUCGGCGACUACGCCGCCGCCUCGGCCGCCGGCGACGUGCCCGCCCAGAUCGCCCUCCAGCCCGCCAUCCGCUUCAACGGCGGCGGGCACAUCAACCACUCGCUCUUCUGGCGCAACCUGGCCCCCCAGAGCAGCCCCGACGCCAGCCCCGACGCCGCGCCCAGGCUCGUGGCCGAGAUCGCCGCGACCUGGGGCGGCCUCGAGCAGUUCCGGAAGGCCUUCGCCGCGGCGCUGCUGGGCAUCCAGGGCAGCGGGUGGGGCUGGCUCGUGCGCGAGGAGAGCACCGGCCUGCGCAUCGUGACGACCAAGGACCAGGACCCCGUCGUGGGCGGCGAGAUCCCCGUGUUUGGCGUGGAUAUGUGGGAGCAUGCUUACUACCUGCAGUAUCUCAACGGCAAGCCGGCUUACGUUGAGAACAUCUGGAAGGUCAUCAACUGGAAGACGGCCGAGGAGCGGUACAAUGGCAGCCGUGAUGACACUUUCAAGCUGCUGAGGGCCUCUAUCUAG